AUGACAAUGGAUUUUAAAGAAUUCGAUAAAGAUGAUGAUUCAGACAGCGAUAGUAUGAAUUAUUCCAGUGAUGAAUUAUCAACAGAAGAGGAACACGAAGAUGAUGUAUCUGCAAAUGAUGAGGCAAAGAACGACGGAGAGGAUUCAAAUAGUUCCGAAGAUGAAGAUGAGGUAGUAAGAGCUAUUAAAGCUGAAAAAAAUAAACCAAGGGAUCAUCCACCAACUAUAAACACAGAGGACUUCAUUGUAGAUAUUUGUUUCCAUCCUUGUAGAAAUUUAAUUGCAUUGGCUAAUAUAGUUGGAGAUAUUUUGUUAUAUGAAUACAAUAACGAUGAAACAAAACUAGUUAACUGUUUAGAAUUACAUAUGGAAGCCUGUAGAGAUGUAGAGUUUGAUAAUGAAGGCAGUGUUAUGUAUUCUACAGCUAAGGAUAAAGUUAUUAUGGCAACUGAUGUUGAAACUGGAAAAUUAAAACAAUGUUAUGAGAAAGCUCAUGAUGAUCCAGUGUAUAAGCUGUUUAGUCUGGAUAUCAAUAAAUUUGUUACAGGCGAUGAUGCUGGCAUAGUGAAACUUUGGGAUUUACGUCAAAAAGAUCCUAUAUUCACCUUGAAAAUUGGAGAGGAUUAUAUAUCUGAUAUAAUAACUAAUGAAGCACAAAAGUAUUUAGUAUGUGCUGGUGGAGAUGGAACAUUAACAUCAAUAGAUCUUAAAGCAAGCAAAAUUUACACUGCUUCUGAGCAAUAUGAGGCAGAAUUAACAUGUCUAGGUUUAUUUCGCUCUGAGACAAAAUUACUCGUAGGAACAUCAGUUGGCAAAUUCUAUUUAUUUAACUGGAAACAAUUUGGUUAUCAUAGUGAUGAAUAUGUUGGACAGAAACAUUCAAUUCAAUGCAUGAUUCCAAUUACCCAAAACAUUGUUGUAUCAUCAGGAGAAGAUGGUAUAAUACGAGCUGCACAUAUGUUUCCACAAAGGCAACUAGGAAUUGUUGGUCAACACACACUUCCAGUAGAGUGCUUGGAUAUAAGCCAUGAUGGCCAAUAUAUUGCAUCAAGUUCACACAAUGAUGAUAUUAAAUUUUGGAAUAUAUCUUACUUUGAAUCAAUUGAUUCUCUGAUAAAUGUUAAUGAAAAGCAAAAUAAAAGGAAGGAUAUGAGUAAUAAUUUGCCCUCAAGUACUGUUAAGAAUGCUUCUGAUUUUUUUUCAGGAUUGUUAUGA